AUGCCGUCGGAUCUCCGCGCCCUUUUGAUGUGCCAGCCGCUCGCCAGCGAUAAGUCGCAGCGAGCAAAGCGCCCCGGUUUGGCAGGGACUCCGGCGGCGGCGGCGGCAGCAGGAGGGUUGGACUCUCGCCGUGCGUUACGUGGACAGGUGCAGGGAAAGGGCACAGAAACCAGACCAGAUUAUGAAGAUUUAGGUCUUUAUGCAACAUCCCGGGAACAGAGAUUUCGUAUGUUUGCCAGCUUAGAAUUUGAAGGGCAGCUGUUCAUGACACCAUAUGAUUUCAUUCAGGCUGUAACAAAUGAGGAACCCAGACGAACAAAACAACUGCAGAACCUUUCGAAACAGGAAUUGAAUCAGAUACUUGUAGAAACCCCACCUGUUUGGAAAGGGUCAUCAAAGCUAUUUCGGAAUCUUCAUGAGAAAGGUGUGAUUUCUUAUACAGAAUAUUUGUUCUUGUUGUCUAUCUUAACAAAGCCUCAUGCUGGUUUCAGGAUAGCUUUCAACAUGUUUGAUACAGAUGGAAAUGAGAUGGUGGAUAAAAAGGAAUUCUUGGUGCUGCAAGAGAUAUUCAGGAAGAAAAACGAAAAGAAAGAAAGAAAAGGAGAUGAAGAGAAACGUGCCUUGCUGAAUCUUCAGCUUUAUGGGUACCACACGUCUACUAAUGCUGUGCUUAAAACAGGAGGAGAGGACCUUGUUCCAAGAAGCUAUUGGGAUACUCUGAGACGUAGCACAAGCCAGGCACUCUUUUCGGACCUAGCAGAGCGUGCAGAUGACAUCACCGGUUUACUGUCUGAUACAACGCUGCUGGUCCACUUUUUUGGCAAGAAAGGAAAGGCUGAACUUAACUUUGAAGACUUUUAUAGGUUUAUGGAUAACCUUCAGACUGAAGUUCUUGAAAUAGAAUUCCUUUCCUACUCUAAUGGGAUGAAUACCAUCAGUGAGGAAGACUUUGCUCAUAUUCUUUUAAGAUAUACUAACGUUGAAAAUAUAUCAAGCUAUCUGGAAAACGUGCGCUGUAGCAUGCCAGAAGAGCAGGGUAUUACAUUUGAUGAAUUCAGGUCAUUUUUCCAGUUUUUGAACAAUCUAGAAGAUUUUGCAAUUGCCAUGCAGAUGUAUAAUUUUGCAAGCCGUUCAAUUGGACAAGAUGAGUUCAAGCGUGCUGUAUAUGUUGCUACGGGUUUGAAGCUUUCAGCACAUUUAGUGCACACAGUCUUCAAAAUCUUCGAUGUAGACAAAGAUGAUCAGCUGAGCUACAAAGAAUUUAUCGGUAUUAUGAAAGACAGAUUGAAUCGAGGAUCCAGGGGUUACAGAGGCAUACAGAAAUACACUACUUUCAAAUCCUGCGUGAAGAAAGAACUCAAUAGCAGAUAAAAAUGGAAAACCCUAAAUACAGUUUGAAGGACUACUAUGUUUGUGUGAUGACUGUCACCAGCAAGCACUUCAGAAAGCUUUGGAAGCAGUUUCGAAAUCAAGAUCUGCUGAGAUGAACACAAAAACAAUUCCACCUUCAGUCACCAUUGUUGCACUUUUCUUUUCUUUUUUGGAAACUAUAUAAGGAAAGAGCAGAAAAUAACGAAGCCAAACAUCUACCAUCUAUAACAGCACACAACAUUUUAUCAUCUUUGGCUGCAAUCCUGCAAGUGCUCUGCUGCUAUUAUAAGUUUCAUUCACUUCACUAGGAUGGGUGACGGUGACAUGGAGAGUCAUCCUUUUGGGAUCUUUUUCUAAACAGUCAUGUGUGAUAUUUAAAGAACACUUUUCCCUUAUCCAAAGUAGUAUGUGAGGAGCAGAGAGUGAUUAAAAUGUGGGAUUCGCUGCCAGAGCAUGUAGUGAUGGCCACAGGG